AUGUUGGUUGUAUUUUCUGAACUUUGUGUAUUCUGGCAUGAUGUGAAGACCACCCUUUUGAAUCAUUUAUUGACAUCUCAACAUGGAAAGCGGAUUGCUGUCGUUGAAAAUGAGGAUGAACAAUUGCACAUGCGCACCAAGUACUUCAAAAGUGACAAUGUGAAUACGUUGAAUGAGGAUAAGGAUGAAGAAGUGAGUCAACCUACCUAUGUUAAUGAAGUAGAUGAUAAGGAAGAAGAAGUGAUAAAGCCCAUCUCUAAUGAUAAAGAAGAUGAUAAGGAAGAAGAGGGUAAUGAUGGGUUCAAAGAUUGGCAUAAUUUGCAUCGGUCUAUUAAAAGUCAUGAAGGAAAUGAAGAGCAUUUACGUUGCAUGACUAGUUGGAUUGAACUGGAAAAUAGAUUUCGAUCAAAAACUACAAUUGAUAAAAGCGUUGAAUUGUUGAUUGAUGCUGAAAGAGAACAUUGGAGACAUGUAUUAACAAGGAUAAUCGCUAUUGUUAAAGGACUUGCGAAAAACACAUUGCCAUUUCGAGGAGAUGAUGAGAGGCUACAUGUUGAGAACAAUGGCCUAUUUUUACAAAUGGUCGAAAUGGUUAGUGAAUUUGAUCCAGAGAGAAGUUCAAUUGUCAAGAAAGUUAAAGAUGCAAAAUAUUUUGCAGUUAUGCUUGAUUGUACUCCAGAUGCAAGUCAGGAGGAGCAAAUGUCUUUAAUUGUACGAUUUGUAGAUAAUUCGUCAAACUUACCUACAGUUCAAGAACAUUGGCUAGAAUUUUUGAAGGUAGAUGACACAACAGGACUUGGACUUGCAACUGAGCUUCAAAAGGCUUUGAUAAAAAUUGAUCUCGGUAUUAAUGACAUUAGAGGGCAAGGGUAUGACAAUGGAUCUAACAUGAGCGGGAAGCACAAAGCUGUAUCCUUUUUCGGAGUGAUACAACGCAUCUACACAUUGUUUUCCUCUUUUACCAAGCGACGGAAAAUUUUCAAAGAUAAUGUUCAAGGGUUAACAGUGAAGUCAUUGUCACAAACACGUUGGGAAAGUCAUGUUGAAAGUGUGAAGCCUAUAAUGGAGCAAACUGCACAGAUAAGAGAUGCAUUACUUGAUUUAGCAGAAAGUAAUGAAGAUCCUAAAGUGAAGAGUGAAGCCGAGUCAUUAGCAACACAUGAACUUCAAAAUUUUGAGUUUUUGUUUGGCAUGAUAAUCUGGCACAGAUUGUUGCAUGCUGUUAAUAUUGUGAGUAAAUUUCUUCAAACCAAAUCCAUGGAUAUUGAUCAUGCUAUCGACCUCUUGCAAGGACUUGUUUCAUGUCUUGAAGAAUACAGAGAAAUUGGAUUUGCUAUUGCCAAAGAUGAAGUGACAAAAAAGGCAAGCGAAAUGGGAAUUGAAGCUAGGUUAAGAGGUGCAACUUUUUCAAGUUUAUUGAACUCUUACUUGAAUCUUGAGAAAUAUCUUCAACAUAAUGGGCGUUCGGAUAUCAGUGGGGAAGAUUUAUGUUCGGAGUUACAAGUCUUGAGUUGCAUCUGUAGAAAGAAGUUUCUCGAAAUUAAAGUUGAUCAAGACCUAUAUCCGAUCAACUAUGUCGCAAGAAAGAUUAAAUGGGUUGGCUAUGCUAUCAAUAGAAAAAGAAAUGGUUGA